CCUGGCACCUGCCGGCCGCGCUGCCCGCGGGCGCCGGGACGCACGGGGGGACCCGCGGCCGCCAGGGGAGCAUGCCGCGCUCGUUCCUGGUGAAAACGCACCCCAGCCACAGGGUCCCCGACUACGGGCAGCUGGAGACGCAGAGAGAAAUCAAUGGCGCCUGUUCUGCCUGCUGGGGGCUGGUGGUGCCCCUCCUCCUCCCAGACAGAGAUGCCCCUUCCACACCUGGCGACCCUCCCUGGCCCUGGAACCGCACCUCUGUCAUCACCCACAUUUCCCGGCCCCCGCCUCAUGAUGAGGAGGCUUGGGGCCUCGCUGGGCCGGGCCCCCUGGAAGUCGGCCUGGCAGACCUCAGGGCUGGCCUAGCCCCCAGUGUGCCCCUCACAGACAGACUGAAACACCUCGGCCUGCCCCCGCUGCUGGUUCUGCCCACACGGUGGCCCCCGAUUCCAUCCCCAGACGCGGACCAGACUCCAGACAGCUUGCUCGGGGCCGAGCCGGCUCCCAGCGCCCCGGGGUGCCCCCGGUGCCUCCACUGCCACAAGGCCCAUCACUCGCUGGCCAGGCUGGCCAGGCACCGGCAGCUGCCCUGCCAGCUCUGCUUCACCUGCAAGUUCUGUGACAAGGAGUGCGCCAGCCUGGGUGCCCUCAAGAUGCACAUCCGCACGCACACGCUGCCCUGCCUCUGCACCAUCUGCGGCAAGGCCUUCUCCAGACCCUGGCUGCUGCGGGGCCACAUCCGCACCCACACAGGAGAGAAGCCCUAUGCCUGCUCUCAGUGCGGCAGGGCCUUCGCGGACCGCUCCAACCUCCGGGCGCACCUGCAGACGCACUCUGGCACCAGGAAAUACCAGUGCAGCUGCUGCGCCAAGACUUUCUCCCGCGUGUCCCUCCUGCUGAGGCACGAAGAGUCCGGCUGCUGCCCCGGCCCCUGAGCGGGGCUGGUGCGGGUCGGAGGACAGGACCUCCCCCAGGCACCAGCUGGCACCCCGCCUGGUGGCCCGGUGCUGCCUGGUGUCCUGGGGAGGCAGGCCUAGCCCCCCGCCAGCUUGCUGCCGCCUGCUGCUCUUCAGACCCAGAGAAGCCCAUGGCCUGCCAUUCCUGUCUGGGUCAAGUGUGGGAAGUGCUGACCCCCAAAUAUGGGAGCGGCCCCCAAAUAUGGGAGCGGCCACCAGAGGGCAAGCGGAGCCAGGAGGCAGUGUGACAGCACCCAGGUCUGCCCGUCCUGACCGGGCGCACCCACGUCCUGAGGGGUGACUGGGGGGUGACUGGGGGCCAGUCGUGAUCUCACAUGCAGCGGCCUGUGGCUCUGAAUUAGCCCUGCGGCGGGGGCCUGGCAGACACUUGGAGGACUGGAGUUCUCAGCUUUGGGCUCUCUCCCUCCCUCCGCCCUCCAGAAAUCAGUGGCCCCUGCCUGCCUGCGGGGGGCUGGUGGUGCCCCUGCUCCUCCCAGGCAAGGCUGCCCCUUCCACACCCGGCGACCCUCCCCAGCCCUGGAACCGCACCUCCGUCACUGCCCACAUCUCCCGGACCCCCUCCCCUUAUAAUGAGGAGGGUUGGGGGGACCCUGGGCUGGCAUGCCCCUCAAAGACAGACUGAACCACUUCAACCGGUCCCCACUGCUGGUUCUGCUCACGAGGUGGCCCCAGUGCUGGGCCCACUUAGGGGAGAGGACUGCUCCCCCAGGGAAGACUUCCACUAAAAUGGGAAGCGCCAUUCCGAGGACUGUGGGGACACUGCCCGCGCAGACAGGUCCUGCUGUGAAGCCAAGGCUGCCCUCGGGUCCCUCGGGCAGACCUGAGUUGUGCAAACGCAUCUGAGCAGUCUGCCCCCAAGGCAGAGCCACCUCCACACUCCCGUGCCCACCUGCAGUUCGGGGUGUGGCCACGUAGACUGAGUCCGAGCACACCCCCCUCCCCUCCUCACCGGGCUGUCCCUGAGGUGAGCGGCCUCGGGAACCCAGCAGCUGGGACUCGGGCGCACAGGGGUGGGGCUGGUGGGCCGAUAAAGGGUCCCUGCACCCGGACCCGUCCCCCACGAUGCUGAGGGGGCAGCAGGGGCCCUGGAUAAUCUGGGCCCUUGUGCCCUCAGAGCAGGGCCGACCGGGGUCAGGGCACCAAGCUGCGGCGCGUCAGGAACGAGGAGCAGGGCCGGCGGGAGACGGGGUGGGGGCCGCUGCACCCAGGGGAGCAGAGACCAGAAAUGGGAGCAGUACUAGCAGCAGGGCGUGAGCUCCUGCUGGCCGGGAGGCGGCAGAGGGAAGGGAGGAGGCCAAGGCCGGAGGAAGCGGGCGGUGGGGGGCGCGCGUGCAGGGGCCCCACAGCACUCCCCUCCCGGGGCCCAGAAUCUGACCCUGGCUGAGGCACCCACCCCUUCCCAAAAUGGCUCAUCAGACCCCACCCAGCUUCGCAGGUGUGGUGGCAGCUCCUCCCCGGGUUGGCCGGCCUCUUCCUGCCUCCAGGCCACGGGGUGUCUCACACCUGGCUGGGCCGCGUCUCGGCUGCCUCUGGCUGGACCCUGGAGGGUGUCACUCAGGAACGAGGACGGAGGCCCGAGUCCGAAGGAGACCGGCUGAGUCCUUGACACUGGGGGGGCCACUCCACUGCUCUGCAGGGAGGCCGCCGGCAGCCCCACGCCGGCCCCAGCCGCGGUACGGGGUCAGGCGCUUUGGCCCGGCCCUGGCUGGAGCCACGCGGCAAGGGGCAGGGGCCCCCGCUCAGCCCUCGCCUCCUCCCCACGUGAGAGGACAGUAGGAGCAUCGGUGGGGACUGUCCCAGGCCCGCGGCACUGCCUCCCCUCAAGGGACAAGAUGGGCUGAGCCGCGGCUGGGAAUGGGCCCCCUAGUCCAUGGGUCUGUGCGGUGGCUGCCCUAACAAAGCCCCCACUGCGCGGCCAACAGCUCUGGAGGCCUGAGGCCCGAGGCCCAGGUGCCAGUUCUGCCCGGGGCUGCCCGGGGCCUCCCCCAGCUCCUGCCACCCUGCCACCCUGUCUGCUCCUGAGUGUUAGAAGCGCCAGCCCCCCUGUGCCUCCGUGUCCACCUGGCUUCUCCCUGUGCACCCGUCUGCGUGGCCACUGUUCCCCUUUUUCCAGGGAAGCCAGCCGUGCUGGGUGAGGACCUACCCUAAUGACCUCCUCUUAGCUGGACAGCAUCUGUAAAGACCCUGUUGCCAAAUAAGGCCACAUUCUGAGGGACUUGGGGCUCAAGACCUCAGCAUGUGAAUUGAGGGGACAGCAGUCACCCCCAACAGCUAAUGACAACACAUGGUUUUUCAAAAGAUGCCCAGAGGGUUCCUGUGCUAGAGCUUAUGGAGUAAAGUUGCACCCUCUCCCCUCCGUCCAUCAAGGGUGGAGGGGGCCGUCCACACACCAGGAGCGCCUCCUUCCUGGUCGCGGGCUUCCUCCCCAGCACGUGGACCUUUGAGUGGCUUGUGUCCACCUUCCCCCGCCCCCUGCCCUAUCCCACUCCGCCCUGCAAGGGGAGCGAGCAGGCCUCUGCCCUAAUGGGACCCUCCUUCCCACACUGCCUCCUGAAGCGUGGCACCCCUGCCCAGGGGGCUGGGCACCUGAGGCUGGGGUGCCCCCCCCCACUGGCAAGCACAAAGGCUCUGGCCACCAUCUGUCCCAUCGGAGGGCUUUUUAAAAUAGUACCCAGAUGCCUGAAGGAAGCUAUAUUGUAAAUUAUGUGCUAUUUCUAGGCCCCAAUAUCUAAAUGAGGCGACACACCUGCUGGGCAUGAAGGAAGGGAAUUUCGCAAGCCCAAAAUAAAGCCUUAUGCCUGCCCUCCAUGCCAGCCCUUGGAAAAUGCUCUCAUAUUUAUAUCUGGCAGCAGAGGGGGUAUUGGCAGAGGGGGUGAAAAAAGGCCCAGGCACCUGCCAGGGACCUGACAUGGAAUGAAUGAGGGACACAGUCCACUCGGAGGGAGUGGGCUGCAGUCGGCCCCCAGCCAGCCCGUGUCCCGCUGCGGGGCCCUGCCUCACGGGGCCCAGCUGGCCGCUCAGGGAUUGCUGCCUCCCGCCUCUCAUUUGCUUGGUCUGAUGAUCCGUUUGGGUCGUGCAUUUACAAUAGGGUUUCAGAGCCCUGUCCCAACACCCCACGGUGAGCUUGGGUCUCCACCUACAGGCCUUCCCUACCCAAAUUCUACUCAUCCCAUUUCCACCUUUUUCUCUAAGAAGAUCACACAAGUCCAGGGGACAUCGUUGGAACCUCCGUCUGGGGUGGGAGCAGGGAGGGAGGGACUAUGGGUGGGAGAAAACCACAGGAGCCUCUGAGGUGGGGCGGUGACCCCGCAGCAUGGCCUGUGUCCCCAGCUGGUGGGACAGCCACAGGCGGGAUGGCACCGGGGCACGCAGGAGGCCGCUCUCCGUGAGCUCAGGCCCCGAGACAGGUGGGAGGGACCCGUCAGUGCCUGGUCCUCGUCCCGCCCCCACUCUCUCCCAAAAGCAGCUGAUGCACUGAAGUUAUUCCUUCCUUUCCAGAAGCCCAGUGGCUUCUAUAAAUAUCAUUUUGGCUCAGAAUAUUCUGGGGGGUUCUGCGAAGUUUGAAAAUAGCCCGCUUGUUACUGUCUAUAUUUGGAGAACCCACUCCUGGCAUCGACUCUGGGGCUAAGCAUAGUGCCUGGCAGACUUUGAUGUAACAGAAGUUUCCAGGCCUCCAUCACCUUGUGGAUGGCUGUACAUUCUGGGGAGAGCACCCUGGCUGCCAGGAUGCAGUGGAGCUGGAGCUGCUGGCGCUAAUGGGGGUGCAGGUGGCACCCCCCAGCCAGGGAAGUCUGCAAACGUGGGGUCCUCGCCAGAGCCAGACGUGAGGGGUUCUGACCCAGCUUCGUUCUGCUGUGGUCACUUUCAUCAUAAAGCCUUGGUUUCUCUUUCUGUGAAAAGGAAUCAUUCUAAACCCUCCCAGAAUUCAGAAGUGUGCCGAGUAAACAUAAGAGUAGAAAAAGACAGUGAGGGUACCUAAGAUAAAAUACAAUCGCUGACUUCAGAGAAAGCCUCAGCCUUCUUCUCUGAGUGCUCAUUUCUCAACCACCAGUUCUGGCUCCGGUGGCCUCUCCUCCCGGCUGCUCCCCACCCUCCACCCCCAGCAGCCUGAGAGCUGGGCUGGCCCCUGUCCACAGCGUCCUCAGCUCCCGGCAGAGGGCUGGCAGAGCUGAAGGACACAGAUGGUGUGGAAGGCGGGCGGGGGACAGGGGCAGGGAUUCAGACCAGGCCAUCCUGCCCGGUGGGUGGGCCGUCUUUGUGUCACCCGGGAAAGCUGGACGCUGCCCCCGCCUAGCCUUUCAGCAGCUCUCCCCACACCUGCCUCAGCAACCCUCCUCUGCUCCCUGUAACGGGUCCUUGUGGAAAUGCAGCACAGCACAUGGUGACAUCUCUUCUUCAGAGAUGAGAGGCUGCAGGAAGGCAGCUACUGGGCACACAGGGGCCGUUAGGUGAAAUCCGUGCUCCCACCUCUGCGUGAAAAGAGGCUAGGAUGGAGGACAGCCCGGGGCCUGCUGGCCGCCACCCCCUUCCCACACACGUGGACAGGAGUGGCCCACCUUCCCGUGGCUCCAGUUCUGUAAGGCAGCAAAACAGAGCAGAUGGGAAGAGGGCAGGGCCCACCAAGAACCGAGGGACAUAGAUGAAGCCAGAGAGCCAGAGAGGCCCCACGCCCUUUGCAGCGUGAGUUCAUUCCACAUGCUCUGAGUCGGGGCUGACCUUGAGACCUGCUCCAGCUGAUGCAGGUGAGGUGGGGCAGAGACGCGGGACAAGCAUCGUGAUUCAUUUUCCUAAAAAUGCUGAGAUGUGAAUAGCAUAGUGGGAACAAGAAGGACUUAUCUUGAGGAUAAAAGCAGAGAGUUGGGGUUAGAUUCCUAACGUAGUCUUUGGCUACCAGCCGAUGACUUACCCUAAGGCAGAGCAAGCCGUCUGAACCGAUGUGUUCCCAGUACUUGGGGAUGGCCACUAUCUUAGACACAAACCAAAAGUUCAUUUACAGAAUUACCUAGAGGACUGGCUAUAGACAACGACAGCCUGUCAGCAGAGAUGAACGUCAUGAGACCGCCUGCCGAGCCUGCGCCCCGACCCUUUAUCUUUAUCCCGUUCUUGAAACUCCUUGACAGAAUCCCAGCUCCUGGGUGCACCUCCCCUCUCGGGUUGCCUGCACCCCUCUUUCUUGGAACGUGUAAUUUUAAGACUUCUUGCUGCUCAAGUCAUUACAUGUUGUCUCUGGGCUCUUCCAGGGUGUCCUUGUCCCUUUGCUGUUCCAUUUUGUCCCCCAGACCAAGGAGGGAGGGGCCGCUGAGCGCUCUGAUUCAGGCUGGCGAGUCCCCAUUGCCUGGGGGACCCAGACGGGACCGCAGCUCCGUGACCACGCUUCUUAGUAACCUGCCUGAAAAUCUCUUUUGUUUGACUUUAGAAAGUUCUCAGAACAUAGCUCUCUCCACCCAGUGCUCUGGGCUCCCCAAAUCCUGGGACGGUAGGGACUUAGUUCCCAUGCUGUGGAGAUCCAAGCGGACACUGGGCGCCAGGUGAGCCUGGCUUCAGGAGCUGGCAGGGGAUGUGCCCUAUGCCACGUGGGAGUUCCAUGAGCUUCUCUUUCCUCCUUCUAUUUUUCCUUCCUCUUUGCUUUAUUCAAAGAAACCUGCCUUUGUCUGCGUAACUCUGGCCCAUUUCUCCCUUUGAGUGGAUUCACAUAAAACUUCUGCUCGGCUUCCCCGCUGUCUCUCUGCCCUUCAGUUCUUUGCCGCAGCAGGACAAGGGCCGAGGGGAACGAACUCAACCCCCAGACAAGUGCCCUUGCUGGUGGUCCUCCCUCCUCCCAUAGAACAUGCACCCCCUCCCCCGUGCCAGUGUUUGCUCAGGUGGUCUGCAGACCCCUGCCCAGGGGGUCUUCUUGCCUGGGGGCACACGCAUUGAUGGGCAGGAGUCCUGGCAUCUCCCUACUACACACUCAUGGAAAGGCAAGUGUGGCUUAAGAGCGUCCUGAGUUGUACUGAAUCUCAGCCGAGUUCUGGUCCCUCUAAUGUCCCCAGUGAUUAACGGGAGGGGCAGGGAACCGCUCUGAGGCCAGCGGAUCAACGGGGCGUGUGCAAGGUGUGCUCUGGGCUGAGCCAGCUGCCCUUCCCUGGGAGUGCAUGCUCAGAGGCCACGCCACCGUGACGCAGGCAGUCCUCAAAAUGAAGAGCCAGGUGAGCCUGCCACUUCAAGAACGGAUCGCAUGUAUUGCCAGUGAGGACAUUUACCCUUUCAAGAGGAAAUGACAACGUGGGAAACUUCCAUGUUUCAGUAAAAGCUUUGCAGCUUCCCAUGCUUGGAGACUUUUCUGAUAAGGAGAUUCGCUACACCAUAGGAGAGCCGUGGAAACACUUCAGCACAUCUGCGUACGGCGGGGCUGCUCCCCCCGCACCCCCCUCCAGUACAGCCCUGCCUGGCUGCUCCAUCAUGUCAGGCACUUCAGGGGGUGCCCGCAGAGCAAAGCCACUGUCCCACACCUUUGUUUCAGAAAAGGGUUAUUUUUCAAAAAAAUAUGUUAGUACAAUGGGUUUACUAUUGGUCUUAAAUAAAUCUAAUAAACAAGU